AAACUAAUUCAACCAUGGAUCUCACCAGCACCUCCUUCCUCUUCACCUUUCUCGUCCUCCUCGUUUCGCUGCUGCUACUCAAGAAGAACAGGUCCGGUCGCGGAGCUAGUGCCACACUGCCUCCCGGUCCAUCUAAGCUCCCUAUCAUAGGCAGCUUGCACCAUCUCUUGGGUGGCCUGCCGCAUCGUUCCCUCACUGCCUUAUCUAAGAAAUUUGGCCCCGUGAUACUCCUGAAGCUCGGUGAGGUCCCCACCCUCGUUGUCUCAUCUACCGAAGCGGCUGCUGAGAUCAUGAAAACCCACGACGUCAGCUUCGCCUCUCGGCCCACUAACCUGAAUCUCCAGUCCGCCACAUACGGUGACAGGGGCGUCGGCUUUACCUCGUAUGGAUUCCACUGGAGGGAGCUGCGCAAGAUGAGCAUCGUGGAGCUAUUGAGUGCCAAGCGAGUCCAAUCUUUUCGCUUUAUCCGGGAAGAGGAGGUGCUUAAUCUUGUGCGGUCGAUAGUCCUGUUGUCCGACGCUGGUUCCACCGUGAACCUCAGUAAGAAAUUGGUGCUGUUGGCUAAUGACAUAGGCUCCCGGUCCGUCAUCGGCAGCAAGUGCAAGUACCAGAAAGAGUUCAUACGGAUAGUGAUGCAAACGCUGGAAGCUGCCGGAGGCUUCAGUUUGGCGGACUUAUUCCCGUCAUGGCCGAUAAUUAAACUUCUCAGUGGCGCGACUUUCAAGAUGCAGAUGUUACACCGUGACAUGGACGCGAUCCUGAAUAGCAUCAUUCAAGAGCGCAGAGAAAGGAAGUCCUCAAAGCAACCGGAGGAGGAGGAGGAGGAGGAGGCCUUGGUCGAUGUCAUGCUGAGAGUUCAAGCUGAAGGUAGCCUGUCAUUCCCCUUAGCAGACGAGGACAUGAAAGCCAUGAUGCUGGAUAUGCUCGGUGGGGCCAGCGAGACCUCCGCAGGAAUAAUGGAGUGGGCCAUGUCGGAGCUGAUGAGGAAUCCAAGAGUGAUGCGGAAGUUGCAAGAGGAGGUGAGGGAGACUGUCGGAGAAAAGGGAAAGGUGACGGAGAAGGACAUCAACGGAAUGAACUACUUGAAACUGGUCAUCAAGGAGACUCUGAGGCUGCACCCUCCUGUUCCUCUGCUGCUCCCCCGAGAGUGCCGGGAGACGUGCGAGGUUCUUGGUUACCAGAUACCAGAGAAGACAAGAGUAUUCGUGAACGUUUGGGCCUUGGGAAGGGAUCCUCGAUACUGGGACAGUCCCACUGAGUUUGAGCCAGAGAGAUUCGAGAGGAGGAAUGCCAUGGUCGACUUCAAGGGAACCAACUUUGAGUUCUUACCUUUCGGGGCAGGCAGGAGGAUAUGCCCAGGGAUGUCAUUUGGUUUGAAGAGCAUAGAGCUUUCCCUGGCUAGCCUUCUCUACAACUUUGAUUGGGAGCUCCCAUCGGGAAAUGAAGGGAUGCCCCGGGAGUUGGACAUGAGCGAGACCUUCUCGAUUACGUGCCGGAGGAAGUCGGACCUCUGCCUACUUGCCAUCCCUCGUAUUCCUUUCUCCAUGACUCGAACUUUACCCAAAAAUACAUGCAACCGUAGUCAGUUUCUUCAAUUGGGAGUAUCGGAUUCCUCAGGUGCAGACAUCGAGGAAUUAGUAUCCUUGUUGUAUAACCGAUCAUCAGUUGUGGAUGCUGUGCGAAGGUCAUGUACCAAGGAGGAUGCGUUGAAACUUCUUGUCGGAGCAAAUUCAGAGGACAGCCAGCAUGCUAUAAUCAACCAACCGAAAGAUGAUCAAGGGCCAUCAGCCGCUUUAGCUAAUGAAGAUAAAAUGGAUCUGGGAGGAGAACACAAAUAUGAGAGAGACGAAGCCGUGGAAGACGAGCUUGCGAAAGAACUGACCGGUGAUCCAUUGGCAGACUACGACGCGGAAGUAAUGAAAGAAGGAGAGGCCAAAGCAAAGUAUUUGGCCCUUCUGGAUUCAAAAGCCAAUGCAACAUAGGAAAUAAGAUACACAGGUUCUUCCAGAAUCCAGUAAAUAAGUAAGAUUGUGUAGUUUCAUUUUUUAUCCUCCAGCAUUAAUAUAGUAUUAUAAAAGAUACGAGUGCGAUUUCUUCUUUAAUUAGCCUUAAGGUUUCUUUUUUCUCCUUUUGUAAUCAUCAUUUCCAAAUGGGUUUUUAUGUAUCUCUGGCAAUGUGCACCCAG